ACAAGCCGCAUUAAAACAAGCCACCUCUCUCAGUCUCUGUGACUCUGAGUAGGGUUUAACCGUUGAAGGUUGAAGCGACACUCAACCGUGCUCUGCUUGUUUUCUUCUUCUCUCCGAUACUCCUAAAUCUUAAUCCUAAAUUUGAAGCUCAAACCCACCAAUCUAAACAACAAUGCAAAGCCUCAAACACAUAAAAACACAAAGUUCUUGUUCGAUUUUACUAAGAAACCAAAUUCAUAGACUCAGUUUUUUCACAAUAUCAAAGCACCAUUAUUCUUCUUCAAGCUCCAAAAAUGGCGGAGGUGAAGAAUGGAACGACGCGUGGGAAUCGGCUUGGCUCCCAGAAGACCUCUCGGCCAAGCACCGUGCUCCAUGGGAAACCGACGUGAAUUUCUCUUCGGCUUCAGAGGCGGUGGUUGUGGAGGACUCGGAAGCCAAGGCGUUUGUGGAGGACAUGAAUGAGAAUUGGAAUCAGAGAAAAGGGUCUAAGCCCAAAAGCCCAGAGAAGCAACAGAAUGAUAGUGAUUGUAGUAAGGGUUCGCUUUAUAGCUUGGAGAACAUGAAGAAGGAUUACAGGUUGAAGAAGCAGAGAAUUCACGCUGGGUUGUGGAUGAAGGAGAUUGAGAAGGAAGAGGAGGCUAAGUUGGGGGAUUCUAUGGUGAAUGGUGGAGAUGAUAUUGAAAAAUUGCUGGAUAGCUGCUCUGAGAUUUUUGACACUUCCAACAAUGAUUUGAACGACUCAAAAAUCCCAGGCUCUUCUGAAUUCAAAAACAAGCCUGAUGGUUGGGAAACAACAGCCAAGGCUCAAGAUGGGAAUAUAUGGGAGAUGUCACAGAGGGAAGAGGAUAUUCUCCUCCAAGAAUUCGAUCGUCGAAUUGCAUACAGCAAAUUUCAGAUAGCUAGUUUUAUCAAGACACACAUAUUUAGCCGAAGGAGACCAAUUGAUGGGUGGAAAUACAUGAUAGAGGAGCUGGGACCAAAUGCCAAGAAAGGAAAGGGUAGUGUUUCAAGGUUACCUAGUCUAUCUGAUGCAUCAACCCAACCCUUUAAGGAGGAGAAGACUCCACUAGAUAGCAGGUUGAUCCCCUUAAAGGGAAGGUAGCUCGGAGUCCAACUUCUCUCAGAUAUUCUCUUUUGCAUAUUAGACCUGCUGGAAAGGUUUAUGGGAGCAAAAAGGUACAUUCUGAAAUUUGGGGGGCAAUUCCUUUGUGUUUGAUGUGGACUAUAUGAAGAGAAAGGAAUAUGAGUACUUUCAAAGGUAAAGAAUGUUCGAUUAUCCAGCUAAAGUUUCAGUUCUUGAGAACUCCUUAGGAGUGGAAGCAAGCUGGCAUGCCAUCUUCUGCUUCAGAUUUUGUAGCUGUUAUGGACAAUUUGUUCCUUAAAUGAUUUUCCUUGCAGCUCUUUUUUCUAAUAGGGUUUCCCUUUGUAUAAUCUCCUUGAACUUGGGCUACGCCCCUCUAUUCUUAUUUUAUUAAUGAAAUCUUUUUACUUAUUAAGGGAAAAAAAAUGAUGAUUGAAACUAUUGAUGGCCACUAUCAAUUCUAGUGAUUUUGGUUCCCUGGUAAUAACAUCCUGUGGAGAACUGAAUUUUGUUCUGCUGAAUGCUAAAAGAGUGUGUUUCAGUGUAUGUAUUUCCUUCAGAACUGCAGUUCCUACUGUUGAAUGAGAUUUUAAAUUUUUGUUUAUUUAUUGAUAAGGCUUAAUUAUUCCAAUUCUCUCAUUGAACUUUGCCCUCAAUUUAGAUUGUAAAAAUUACUUGCAUCCAAUGUGAUUGUGAUGUUUUCAUUUGUUGUAUUCAUUUUCAACUCAUUUAAAACUGACCUCACAAAAACAUUGUAAUUUGAGUUAUCUACUUAUCAUUUAAACUCUUAUACAACAACAACAACCAAGCUUAGUCCUGAAAUUUUGGGGUUGGCAUAAUUUCAACUCUUACAAUAAGAGAGACAAAUUUACCACUGCUCAUUCUUGGUAUGAUGCUUACUCCACAAGUACAAGUUCUUGUGGGGUGGGGGGCAAAGGGCCGGGGUUUAAAUCUAUAAGAGGGAAUUUCACACACAUAUAUGCUUAGGUUAGAGUAGGAUUUUUAUCUCAGACCAAAAAGAAAGAAAGAAAAAGAGAGACAAAUUCUAGCUUUGUAACAUUUCAUGUUCCCAUGUUAUUAUUGUAUGUUUGCUUGUGUUUUUUCAAACUCAAUAAAGAGUCAAGGGAUGUAUGCAUCACAAAGAAAGCAUUAUUUCUGCUACCAAUUUGACAUGACGUAGAAGAUACGGACUGCAGAGGUCAACUUAUCAUGGAGUUAUGAGGUGAUUAACAUUUCUUUUAUAUAGAAGGACUGUUCUUAUGUAUUGAUACUUUUAAAAAUGUUUAUUCCUGAUUGUUUAGCGUUUCUAAUGCAAAUCCUGCUUGCUGCUCUAGUAAUUAUGUUGGAAGAUGCUAGUGCAGUUCUUCUUGGAGGCACAGAUGGACGGAAAUUUGAAGCACAUUUAUGGGAUAACAGUUAAUCUUCUGAAGGGCUUACACAGAAAGGAAAACAAGGUGCACACACCUCUGUAACUGGGUUUAAUUUAUAAUGCUUCUGUUGAUAAGGUAGUUGGCUCUUUGGUUGAAUCCAGCCUGUAGCUUCUGCCAAUUUCACAUCAUCCCCAUUUUUAAUGUGAGGAAACAUCAGGAAAACAACAAUUUUUUUCACCAUAUGACAUAGAACGAUUUUUUAAUUCUGAAUUUGGAUGUGCUCUUUAGGUGGCAUUCAUUCCAUGUCUUUUGUUGAAUUUUUAAUCUAAAGUUUGAUGAUAGGGUGUGUGCAGACUGUUGAUGCACACUGUAUAGACUUUGUAUCUUGUUUUAUUUUAUACAAGAAAUUCAAGUGCAUUUGGUAACAUUAUGUACAGCAGAAACCAUGAGGAGCAUUGGCAAGCUCAAAUAAAGGUAGCUUCUAGUAAGGAAAUUUACCUUGGAAGUUGGAACAUUUUUGCGAGUAAGCUUAGCCAAGUUUUUAUUUUGUGUGUAAUAGAUGAAAAAAAUCUUACGAGAAACAAAGAGGUCAAAAACUUACUUUCAUUUGUUUGUAAUUUAGGUUCUGAGGAAGAAGCUACCAGGGCCUAUGACAUUGGUGCUAUUCAUCUCAAAGGUGUAAAUGCUCUUACAAACUUUGAAAUUAGUGACUACUUGUAGGCAGACUUAAAAGAAUUAGAAAGUUUUCCGAAACCUAAAAAGUUGAGGGGAGAAAUAUAUCUUCAGCCUCGACUUUGGAUAUUUCCACUGCAAGAAAUCAUAAGGCGCAGAAUCUCGGCUCUUUUGCCUGACCAUUCAACAGCAGUGCUGCCAAAGUAAAGGAUGACAACACUCAUAUAAUGGCUAGUGUUAGUAGAUCAAGCUCAAAUAACUAAUGCUGUUGGGGAGCAUGACUUGGAAUCAUGUAAUUGAUAGUUAUAGCUUAGGGCUUAAUUUUGUGUGCUUCCCUUUUAUUCUUUUUCAAUCAUCCUAAGUUUCUUUGUAGAAGUUUGUACUCACCUGUACUGUUUUUGAUAAGUAAUAGUGGAGAUAAUGAUAGAAACUUGUUUAUUUCA